AUGAGAGCAUCGCGACCAGUAGACCCAGCAAAGCAUAAAGAAGAUGGUCGUUUCUUCUUCUUCUUCUUCUUCUUCUUCUUCUUGUUAUUGUUGAAAACCCCAACACAACAAGAAACAGGAAAAAGGACCCGCCUUUCCCUUUCCUCUUCACCUUCCCCAACUCCACAAAACCGUCUAUCCCAAACACACAACAACUCCCAGGGUAUAAAAAACUCAACACCCACCCAAACCCCGCCCUAUCCCCAUCACGCCACAUCCUUCCUCAUCCUCAUCCCUCUCCUCCACCCCUCCUCAUCCAACCUCUCACACCUCGCGACAAAAAGUAACAACCCCACACCCCCCAAAUAAAUCCCCAAACAAGCCCCCGGCAACCCCUCAGCAACAACCCUUAACCCUGCCGCCAACACCACGAUAUCCGUG